AUGUUUACCACCGCCAGCAUUUUUCGCAGUCAAAACGAUAUUGCUUCCGACGACGACUCAGAUGACGGUAUCUCACUCACGUCUACCCUGGCUAGCCAGGAGGACCCGGAUAACACCUAUAUUGUCGAAAAUAUCCUCGCUGAGAGAUACUUUUCAGACGAAGACAGAAUGAGAUAUCUCGUCAAAUGGGAAGGCUACCCUAUUGAGCGUGCCUCCUGGGAACCAAUCGAUAUGUUCGAUGAUAAAAAUACAAUCAAUGAGUGGAAAGCAAUGAAAGAACGCCAUGAAAAUUGCGGCUCGUCCUCACCGUUUGAUUGGGAGCAAUGGGAUGAAGACAGGUACAGAGAAAGAGAGGAUCGUGAUGCUCGUAAGGCUCGUAGACAGAGAAAGAGACAGAGAUUGGCAAGAGCAGGUAGAGCAACUAGCAGUGGAGGUUCUCGUGCGUCCUCUGCUAGGAGUAGGCACUUUGUCGUCAGUGACGAAGAGAUUGUAGCAUCUCCUGAAGAGGAAACUGAUCUUGAAGUAAAGGUCGUUCCACGACGGACGAGGAAGAAGGUUCGAGAUUCGGACGAGGAAGAGGACAGCGAAAGUGCUGAUUCGCUCAUGGAAGAUCUUGCUAAAAGUGAGCAAAGGAAAAGGGCCAGAGCAAAGUCGCUAAAGGACACAGGUGCCCCAGAAUCUAAGAAACAGAGGUUGAAAGACCGAAGGCGACGAUCACUAGAUGAUGGUGAGGGUGAAGAUACAGAAGAGCAUCUUUUUGAAGAUCAACCAUCCAGCAAAAAGCCUCCUUUUCCACAAUAUGGGAGGCCAGCUAAACCUGGACGGAAAGUCUCAGCCAACAAGGGCAAUGACUUGGACAAGAGUGUCGCUGCAACCGCAUCUAAAUUAUCCAUGAUGGACGUACAACAGCGAAAAGCACCAGCUGCAUCAGUCAGCUCUGUUGGGUCUUCAAGGACUGUCAUUAAUCCUGCUAAUGGCACCAUUCCUGGUGUGCCAAGGAUAGGGGGAUUCAUCUCUUUAUCACAGCAGAAUAAAGUCCAAAAAAGAGGUCGUAAUGAACCUGCUCCAGAUAUAAAUGCCCUAGAAUUAUUCCACGCUGGUGAUCCAAAUCCUAGGAUUACACGCCCUAGAAAAAUAUCUACUGGAGGCGGGAUGAAGGUAAAUGCUGGAGAGGCCCCACAAACUAAGGAAACUGUAGAGCCCCCUGAGAGAGAGGCUUUACAGAAAAACGAAGAGGAUCCCAGACUACAAAAACGACGGAGAAUAGAGGAUGGUUUGAAAGUGCAGACAUUAUCCCUAGAGGGGUAUACAAGACGUAAUCAGGCUACACAUGGACCUGAAACCGGCCGUGAUGCCAACCCACCACUUCAGGGUCCAAUAGGUGAUUGUGAACCUGCCAUUGUUAAUGACAACGAAACACCCAUAUCUGCAGGGCCUUCUGCUGCAGGCGAAGUAAAAGACCCAUUAGCCUCGAAAAACCCUACGCCUACGCGGCAGACUAUCAGUGCCAAAAUGAUGGACAUUGGUCCAAUUAAAGAGCUUCCAGUCAAACCCACUUUCGAGUGUAUACUUGAGGUUGGGUCGUCAAGCGAUGUGGAAUCAAUUCACGUCAAAUUUAUUGGGUUCAGUAGUGCCUUUACAAGCUUUGUAGACGGACUGAAUGACAGUCGAUUUUGGGUAUCGCGGUUCCUGGAAGAUGCCUAUAUAACCAAUUUCCUUGUUCCUGAGUUGGGUGUUCCAUUUGAGUUUGCGGACAUGGAGAUGGACCUUGAUAAGUCACAGUCUUUCCUUAAUUCUAUUGUCGUCUCGCACGGCGCUGGAGUAGUACUUCACGAAGGAUUUUCUCUUCUCAUUUUUCAGCCGAGCAAUGAUAAGCUUCGCGGUGCCUUUAAAACACCGAUGCAACAAACUCGAACAGCUCUUCGAGCAGUUGCGUAUCCUCCGUUUGAUGUACCGAUACCCAUCCGAAACUCAAUUGCAGAGUCUAUGGUACAAAUACAAAAAGCAUUGAAACCAGAGUCUAUGAAUGGGCUUUACAUUCACACUCUGCUCGAACGGCUUUUAGGCGUAAAAUUCCCAGAGAUACUACAGAACACAAAGGGAGGCGAUAAUUUCAUCAUUUAUUGCCCAGAAAUAGCACAUUCCGAGGCUGAAGAAAUGGAAACGGCCUUAAAAUGUCUUGGGAGAACAAGUUAUUCCGUAGAUCAAAUUCCAUCGCUGUACGCAAACAAGUCGACCAGAGAGAAAGUUUGCGUAUUGGUUCACUUUUCGCUUAGGCGUCAAUUACAUUUAUUGCCGCAUAUACGGCACUUAAAGAGUCGUGAACAGCAAUUUUAUUUCUUUGGAGCCAGACUUGAGAGAUCGUGCUCCCCGGGAGAAAUGGAAACUCACCCUGUUCGUUUUUGGAAUUUCGGCACAUUAAUUAUGUUGACGCCCAAGUUCGUCUUGGAAAAUGAGAUCGCCAUGAACCAUGUUUUAAAUUACCAGCGAAUCAAGGCUGCAAGUACGACCCUUUGUUUUUCAGGGGCAAUGCUUGCUCAAGCAGAGGCCAAGGUUUUGGAGAAACCGUCCAGUGAGACUGAGAAGGCCUUGAAAUAUGCGUGGUUAUUGAUGGAUAAGAAGGGGCGAGGGGAGGCCUUCGAGUUGCAGAUACAAGAUGCUGAUGGGUGUGACGAAUUCGAAACCAUUGCGGACGCCUUUGCCAUGUAUCAACUUGAGCAUUGUGCUGAGUACCGGAGGUUCAUGAUCGGUCACUCGGAGGAUGAGGGCAUAUCCACUGUGAAGGCAGGAGUUUACAACUGCAUUGAAUUUCAUAGUCCAGAAUCGUUGGUCAACGAACUCGUGUCCAAAAACUUCAAGCAAGGAAAUCCUCCACCCAGACCCCCUCAAUAG